AUGACUGACAAACUCCCGAACACCGUGAAUGUAAUUAAAAAGCUCACUGACAUGCUGCCAACCCUCUCCGAGACGGAGGCAGAAGCAGCAAGGUACCAAAUUGAGCAGCUGAAGAAUGAAAACCCCUUUCUCUCUGGGAAGGAAACCAAUCCGCAGAGCAUCCUGGAAAGCUGGGAGGCCAGAGACACCAGCAGAGCAAAAAUAAUUGCAAGGCGGAUAAAGCAGGAAAAGGAUCUUAUAGAGGGGUACAGCAUCCUUAUGCAAGAGAAUUCCACGGCUGAGCUACUAGAAAGAGUGGAAAAGGCGCGAAGAAUUAUAUACUUCCUGGAGAGAGAGAUGGCGCUAAUCAAGCGACUUCUAUCAGAUGCAUUUUCAACGAAAAAAAACUGCAAUCCAGCUCUGAUAUUCAACACAGAAAAAAAAGAAGACUGCGAAAAAGUGAAACGUAGCGGAAGAACCCACUUGUCAAUUGUAGAAUUACUUAGUAAGAACCCCUUACAUAAAGACAUAGUAAUUAGUAUAUAUGCAGAUGAGAUCUUUAUUGGACAAGUUGCACAGAAUGAAAUUGAUGAGAGCAAGCCGAUAAGCAUUGAGUUUAAAAAUACAUACCGGCUGGAGUUUAUCAUCAUGACAAAAGACAAUGUGAUGGUUGGGGACAUUUUUUUUCCCAUACAGGACCUGGUAGAUGCAGAAGACAUAGGGGUGAGGAACUUCUACUAUAACAUCUCAGACAACAGCACGCUUUCAAUUUCGUUUGGAAAGUGUGUUCUAGACUCAGAUGGCAUCAGCCGUGCAUCUAAUACCAUAAUUACCAAGCGGUCUGCAGAGCAUCUUCUGCGUAGGAUUGAAAGCACCUCUCUUUACCGGUGUGGGGUCUGCGGAAAUAGCGACAACAACGAGGACACAGAAGAGUACUAUAGGUGCGAUAUGUGCAAGUUCACAUGCCACAUGCGCUGCACACAUCUUAUUUUCUUUGAGUGUAACGAGUUCAAGAAGAAGAAAGAGAUCGAGUCUGAGAAGGCCGAGCUGGAGGCGCAGCUGGAAAAGAUGAAGCAGGAGAGGCUGAGCAUAAUCAUUGCAGCGAUUGACAUCCGCGAAAAGCCCAAGGAAACAGAUACAGUGGCGAGCAGAGUCUCCAAGCCAAAGCGAAAAGGUGCAAACCAUGAUAGCUCUGGCGGUGAAAGCAACUCUUCAGACUUGUCUUCAGAUGCAGAAAAGAAGAAUCCUGUGCCUACAAAAAGAUACAGCGUGGAGCACUCGCUUGCUAAAGAUAAAAUGCUUGGCGCUGUGUGGUGCUGCCACUGUGGAGAAAGAAUCGGCAUGCUUGCAAUAGCGCUGGAGUGCACAGUCUGCCAGAAUACAUAUCACACAGCGUGCCGAAGCAUGCUGUUCAAGUCCUGCGGAAUAACUCUGGAGCUUCUGACAGGGCUGAUUGCAUAUAUGCCCAAGCUUCGCAAAAAGAAGUCCAGCAAAAUAUCAAUUGAGGAGUUCAAGUUCAUCUCUCUGCUGCACAAGGAGGGAGAUGGGAAGGUGUAUCUGUGUGCAUGGGGGCAUAAAACAGUUUGUCUCAAGGCAGUCAAGAAAAAGACAAUAAUUGAUCACAACUAUCAAAACAUGAUGGACACUGAGAGAACCUGUCUAGAAAUAGCAAAAACCUCAAACAAUCCAUUUCUUCUGCAGCUGCUGGGCUGCUUCCAGACAAAAACGCACAUAUUUUUCAUAACGGAGUUUGUGCAGGGCGGCGAUCUGUACUAUCAUCUGCAAACCCGUGAUAUCUCGGACAAAGAGGUGCAGAUGAUUCUCGCUGGGCUGGUAAUAGCAAUUGAGUGGCUGCACUCUGAGAACAUUAUCUACCGAAACCUUGCGCUGGAGAAUGUGAUGUUUGCAGAAAACGGAUAUAUCAAGCUGAUAAACAUGGAGCUGUGCUCAAUUGGCGCAGCUAAAGGAAUAGCGCACACUCUAUGCGGAAGCAUUCCUGCAAUUGCGCCAGAGAUGAUAGAUGAGCACUACACGAAAAAGGUUGACUGGUGGAGUCUUGGGGUUCUGGCAUACCAGCUGGUUCUUAAGACGCCGCCAUUCACUGGCUCUAGCGUGAAGCAAAUAAAGGAGGCAAUUCAAAACGACCCGCCAGCAAAUAUUGACCAGAUAGAAGAGCCCAUGCGGUCCUUUAUAGCAGGCCUGCUAGAGAAAAACGUGGAGAAGCGCCUGGGCACAGAAUCUGUUGAGGAUAUAAAAAACCACGUUUACUUCAAAGACUUUGACUGGGAGAAGAUGAAAAAACAGAAAUUGCCUGUUUGCUGGACUCCCCAGGCAGGUAGCAAUGUGUACUCAAACUUUGACCAAAAGGACAUUGAAAAGGACCCAGAGCUUAGCCCUGCGGAGGAAAUAGACAGCACACUCGAUGUGUACUUCCAGGACUUCUAA